UGCCACUGCCAGUCCUAGGCCGGGCCGGGGUGCAAACGGAACGGCGGUGGUUCCGUGAUUUCCGUGGCGCCGCCGCGUCGUACGUGGAGACGCCAAAUCCAAUCCACCAUCGCCGCUCACGGCUCCUCUCCCUGUCUGCCCCGUCCCGUCCCGUCUCCCUCUCGAUUCCCUCCUCCUUCCUUCUUUAAAGAAGAACCCAGCCGGCAGCCGCCACCUCCUCCUCCUCCUUCCGUCCCGCCGGCUCCGAUCGCCCGCCGCCUCCGUCUCCGCCAAAUUCUAUAUCCAUACUUCCUCGGCCAGCGCUACGGAUAGGGUCGCAGGUCCACGAGGACAGCUGGAGUCCUGAACGAACUCUCCUCGAUUCCUUGGCGUCUAGCCACCGCCUCCCGAGCCUCCGUCCGGCCGGCGGCGUUCCCCGUCGUCGCCGCCGCUGAUAGUCCGCCCGCGGCGUCCGCUCUGCCGUUUCUCUGUCUCGAGCAGGCAUGGAGGCGGCGGCGGCGGCGAGGCAGAGGGCGCGGCCGCGCACGCCGCCGGCCGAGGAGUACGACCCGUGGACGGCCUGGCUCUACAAGCCGCGCACCAUCUCCGUGCUCCUCGUCGGCGCAUGCCUCCUCAUCUGGGCGAGUGGAGCUCUGGACCCGGAGGGCGCUGCCUCCCACAGCAGCGCGACAUCUAUCAAGAGGGGUGUCUGGGCUAUGAUUGCGGUGUUCCUCGCUUACUGCACACUCCAGGCACCAUCAACGAUACUUAUUCGGCCCCAUCCUGCUUUCUGGCGCCUGGUGCAUGGGCUGGCGGUUGUUUACCUUGUUGCUCUCACCUUUCUUCUUUUCCAGAAUCGUGACGAUGCUCGCCGGUUCAUGAAACACCUUUCUCCUGAUCUCGGAGUUGAAUUACCGGAGAGAUCCUAUGGAGCCGAUUGCCGUCUGUAUGUUCCAGAAAACCCUAAAAACAAGUUCAUAAAUAUUUAUGAGACAUUGUUUGAUGAAUUUGUGGUCGCCCAUGUCUUGGGCUGGUGGGGCAAGGCUGUAAUGAUACGGAAUCAAGCUCUCCUUUGGGUCUUGUCGAUUGGCUUCGAGCUAAUGGAGCUUACGUUCCGACAUAUGCUGCCAAACUUUAAUGAGUGCUGGUGGGAUAGUAUUAUCUUGGACAUCUUGAUCUGCAAUUGGUUUGGUAUUUGGGCGGGAAUGCACACGGUCCGAUACUUCGAUGGCAAAACAUAUGAAUGGGUUGGACUGAGCCGACAGCCCAGCAUCAUGGGUAAGGUGAAAAGAUCGUUGAGCCAGUUCACUCCUGCACAGUGGGACAAGGAUCAAUGGCAGCCGUUCAUGGGGCCGUUGCGGUUCAUCCAAGUGUUGUUCCUCUGCGUCGUUUUCAUGAUGGUGGAGCUCAACACAUUCUUCCUUAAAUUCUGCCUCUGGAUCCCUCCGAGGAAUCCCCUGGUUGUGUACAGAUUGAUCCUCUGGUGGCUGAUCGCGAUCCCGACCAUCCGCGAGUACAACUCGUACCUGCAGGACAGCAAACCGGUGAAGAAGGUCGGGGCCUUCUGUUGGCUCUCUGUAGCCAUAUGCAUAGUGGAGCUGCUUAUCUGCAUGAAGUUUGGGCAUGGUCUUUUUCAUGAUCCGAUGCCUACCUGGCUGAUCAUCUUCUGGAGGUCGGCGGGGAUAGCGUUCGUGAUCUUCUUGCUCGCCUGGUCGUGGAGGAACCACCAGAAAUUCCGGAGAAAGAAUCUUUGAUAGUUUGGUGUGAAGAAUGAUUCUACUGUAAUCACUUCACAGUUGCUUUUUUUUAUACAUAGGCUGUACAUAUAUGAUGUAACUUAAAAACCUCAGGGGGGCCAAUUCCAUGUUGCUCCUGACAGUGACACGAACCUGGUCUGUGACAGUAGCCCAUUGUUGCCAGCAUCAUAAGAUUGGCGAUUCCAGAUCAAUCAAGAAUAAUGCAUCAAGGCAUGAUGUAACGAGCAAAUAAAUCGAGAUUGUAACAUUGA